UCUGUAUAAAACAGCAGCGACCAGAGACGCUAUAGUCACUAGUCAGACUUUCGUCAAACAACGUAUACGCGUUUUAUCGUUUAUUCAUCGAAUUUUCCUCUGACUGGUUCUGUUCUUGUUUCUCUUGCCUUUCUCGUCCGUGCUCUACCAAGGUGACGGCGGGUUUUUUAUCAACUUGGAUAGACUGGUAGAUUCGAUCGGGACAUAAGGCACAAUGCCUUUCGCGAAUAACGACGCUGUCAAUGGGCACAAUCAUUACUCGCAGGUGAAACGUCCCACGGACGAUGAAUUUUUAUACACGGCGGUCAAGCAUCAUCGGCACAACACAUAUACGUACGAAGCUUUGCAAGAAUCAGCGCAGUAUCUGUUAGACCGUGUCAAAAUCAGGCCAAAGAUCGGCAUCAUAUGCGGUUCUGGAAUAGGAUCAACUGAACAAAACGAGUUGUGUCCAGGUUCCCUGGCAGAAUCCCUCGAGAACAAGCAGUGCUUUCCAUACGAAGAAAUCCCACAUUUUCCUGUCUCCACGGUCAAGGGUCACCAAGGACAGAUGGUGUUCGGUUAUCUGAAGGGUGUGCCGAUCAUGUGCAUGCAAGGGAGAUUUCAUUAUUACGAGGGUUAUCCACUCUGGAAGUGCGCUAUGCCAGUAAGAGUUAUGAAGCUCGUAGGCGUGACUCAUCUGAUCGCGACGAACGCCGCGGGAGGUCUAAAUCCCACAUACAAGGUUGGCGACAUUAUGAUGGUGAAGGAUCACGUGAACAUGAUGGGUUUUGCUGGGAAUAAUCCUCUUCAAGGGCCAAACGACGACAGAUUUGGGCCGAGGUUCCCGCCGAUGAACAAAGCUUACAACGCUUUUCUCUUAGAAAUCGGCGAGCAGGUAGCGGAUGAAAUGGGUAUAAAAGACAUCGUGCACAGAGGCGUGUACACGUGUCUCGGAGGACCAAAUUUCGAGACCGUGGCUGAAUUGAGAAUGUUAAGGAUGAUCGGUGUCGACGCAGUAGGCAUGUCUACGGUUCAUGAAGUGAUCACUGCCAGGCACUGCGACUUGAUCGUCUUUGCUUUCAGUUUGAUCACGAAUCAAUGCAGCACCGAUUAUGAGAAUCACGAAGAAGCGAAUCACGAAGAAGUGAUGGACGUAGGGAAAGCGAGGCAAUCAUUGCUGCAGGACUACGUGUCGCGCAUCGUGUUGCGUCUACGGGACAUAUUGGGCCUAGAAACGAAAUGAUUCGUGUAAUUUAUAUUUCCACCGGCCGCCUUUUAGUUUAUGCUAAUCGUGUUCGUCAAUUCGUGCUUCGACGAAAAACGACGGCGAAAAAGAACGUCUCGACGCGCACGAUUUUUACGCGAAACGCUGUCAGAACGAUUCUUUCUAUCGACAAUCCGACAUUAGAGGAGUAAAAAAAUUUGCGAGCGUAAAGAAACGUGUGUUAGGUACGUAGAAAUUAGUAGGCAUCGCCUUAUGAGUGCCACGAGGAGAAUAUUGAAGCAUUCUUUUUUUAUACUGCUCGUUAAACUUCUACUUGCCUGAAUAUAUUCCAGAUGAAAAGAGAGUUCGGUUGUUUGUAUCGAGCCGCGUGAUGUCAACAGCUUGUGACGAUUAGUUAUGUGUAUAGAAGCAUUGGACAAAGGUUUUAGUCAUAGAACGAACGAUCGAUUAGAUUUUCCUUCCCGUUUUCUCAACGCAACAUCGCGAAUCGACGAUAAACAGUGGGUAAACAAGAUCGAAUUAAAUGAAAUCAGUAUUCAGCAGUAUUUCACCGAGUGAACAAGCGCCCAUUUAUCUACGAAGAAUCAACUUAUCAGAGUACCGUUGAAAAGGAUUUGCGUUUAACUGCGUUCUCUUUAAUUAUACUUUCGUCUCAGCAGUCAAAGGAUAAGCAUAUCUAUGUAUACGCGCGUAUUGAAAAUCUGCUUGAAUUAGAGAACCACGGGUCGCUUGGCAGUCGUGCGUCUCUGAUCUCGAUUGAUUCGUUACACGUCUUGAGAGAGCUUCUUUUGCUUUAAAAAGAGGGAACGGUUUAAGGGUUGGGAAGGUCGGUAGAUGCUACCUCCUCCCCGCCGCGACAGCCUCGUCGAUUUUCCUCCCUCGCUUCGUUACCUUCAUCUCGUUUCCGUGCUUUUCCAUCGCUAAUGCAUCGGUGUUCGGCUUCGAUAAAUCUCGAGCGGCGAAGACCAUACUGCCGCGGCCCUUUUCCUCUCUUCGUUUUCCGCCAUAGUUGCUCCAUUCGUAUUACCUUCUACGAUGAAAUUAUGACACGACGUCGCACGGUGGAAAAAGUCACGGGGUUCGAAGAUUCAGUCUCUCUGAUCGUCUCCAGAAUUGGAAAGUAUUUGUCUCUCGCCGAGACGAACUGGAAGAGUAUUUUCGUCGCGUAGUUAACGCAUCGAAUAUUUAUAUCCUUUUGAAAAAUGUCUCCCUUUUUUUUUAUGACGAGGAAAGGGAAAAAGAUUAUUAUUCGAUCUUGCGAGCGCUUAUGUCGCCAUGGCGAAAUAAAAUCACGUCACUCCCGCGAUUUAAUAAAAAGCACGCGACCAGGCCGGGAAAUGUUUACGCGUUUAUUUCGUGAUUUUAUUGAAAGCUUGUUUAAUAACUGCGCAUCGAGGUGGAACACUGUCUGACAUACAUUUAGCGGAAUUAAUAUGCACGCGUAUGGAACGUACGAAUCGAAUAAUUUUCUAGACUGUUCUUGUGCAAUUUCGAUCGCUGAUUUUCCACUAAACAUGUAAUAUUGCAACGAUGCUUCAGGGGAGAAGGGAAAAUUGCAAUUAUACGUCUCAAAGCUGGAUACGAAACGUGAGGAGAAGCAAUCGAAGAUACAGCGAUGGAGAUCUCUCUUUUUGCUUUCCGCUCGCUCUUGUAACACGUAACUUUGACAAAUACACCAGGUUUCUCUGAACUAUACCUGUUGGAUAAUUAAACUUUCCCCUUUCGCUCCAAUCGAACGUUUCGCUUAACGAACCGGUUCGGUCGAUUUGUUCUCCGCUUUCGUGUGUCCAAUAUGACAAUAAACUAAUAAAAGAAGUAUUCGUCGACGUACUCGAAUGUUCGCGCUCCGAUUCCUGGUAUCCAUAAUUUAACUCGGCUGCACUUGGAUUUUGUUUGACAAGCGUCACCAAUAUACACGAAUUCUCUCGCAACGACGACCUUCGCUCGUAUUAAAUUAAUCGUACAACACCUAGUGCGAAGGUAACUAAAAUCGACGAUGACGAAUCCCGAGGUAGCUGCCUUGAAUUGGAUUUUAAACGGCAAAUCCACGCUGGCAACGGCACGUGCCAUCUUUCGGAAUAGGAUACUUUCUGAAUGUCUGUACGAGACCGCUGCAUCUUCUCCGAUUUGAAAGGGAUACACUCGGGCCUGUUCCGUAUGGUAUUCAAGGGUAGGAACGAAGGCGUACGGGGCUUCGUCUGGCCGUAUAUUUCCACGUUGGAAUAGAAACUGUACGAGGGAUCAGUUAUUGAUAUUUCUGAAACGGCAGAUAAAACUUUUCCCUCUGUCUAGCAAGCCUGUCGUAUAUCUUUCGUUUACCGAUCCGCCUUUGGAGAACAGCAAUACCAUAAUCGAGAUAGGGGAUGAUGUAUUUCAGCCUUAACUUUCGCGUCAUUCCAGCCGGCGAUAAUGUUAAAAAAAGAAGUUAACAAACGAAGGGAGCAACGUAAGAGGGUGUUUGCACGGCUAACGCUUAGAGGGAUAUAACGCUGAAUGAAAUUCAGAGCAGAGACGCCUUGAUUAUUUCACAGAAUAAGAUUGAUAAGGUAAUCCCGUUUUGUAUCUUUAUAAGUUCUUCCCUUUUCACCGUCUUUGCUUUCUUGCUGCCUGAUUCCUCUAUAAAACGAGACGUAUAAUGCGAUUGUACUGUAAUAUCACGAGCGAACAAAAACCCCGUACUUUCUAUGAAUUAAAAUGUAAAAGGCAAAGAGAAGGAAUAAAUGAUACACUGUUAACGA